AAAGGUAAAUGUAUAUAUUACAACUUAUCUGUCUCAUCGCGUGUCACAAAACGUUUGUGUACAUGUAUACAUCAAAAUUAAACAAAGGCAUGAUCGAUAUUCACACAAAAAUGGGUGUCAGUUUUCAGUAUGCUUUUGUAAAUAGUCUUUGUAAAUAUUGUAUUUCUAUUCAAAGGAGUUCAAUGUCUUUACAUGUGAAAAAGUAAGCGAACCAGAAACGUUCAAAUAUUUUCAACGCAGUAGGUUCGUUAAAAUUGUGAAUACUUCGAAGUGAAAAUAUUGAAAUAGGAUAUAAAAAUAUUUUUUGAAACUUCGAAGAUUUUAAGGUGAAGCCUUUCCAAUCAAGAUGGCAGAUGAGAUAGAGCAGGAUAGAAAUGUAGUGAAUAUUGAACUACAAACGGUCGAAAGUCAUGCCGCAGGUACUAACUGCAUUGCAGAUUUUGUGGAAAAAAGUCCAGAAAAUAUACAAAAUGUAAAACGAUUGAAAAAGCUUGUCCAGUUAGCUGAUGCAAAUGUGAAUUUCCAGAGCGAUAAAGAUGGGACAACGGCAUUGCACUCGGCGGUCUCGAUGGGAAAGGCGGAGUUUGUCGAUGUGUUGCUCGGAGCUGGUGCUGAAAUCAAACAAGAUACUGACGGAAAUACUGCACUACAUUAUGCAGUAGAACAUACAUCAGAAGCAGAAGCCUUUGAUAAAUUCGAACGUCUUAUGCCACGGAAGAUAUUAGCAAACGAGCGGUGGGAUUGGAAGUUCAAGAGAGAACAGUUAGAUGCGGUUACAUUAGUAAACAAUAAAGGCUUCAACAUUUUAAACCUUGCAUUGGAGCUAGGGAAAAUGUACGUAUUUCGAGUAACAAAACUGUGUUUAUUUGUAAAGAUACAGCCUCGGUAUGUAUUCUACAUAAAUACACAUUAAGAAUAGCUUAAUGCAACAAAGUAUAGGUCUUAACAUUUACACAAACACUCGUUAUUUUCGUAAAAAAAAGAUAAUUCAAGCUUGUAGAUAACUUAAAAACAUUUGCAGCUGCAGACUACUGACAAUAUAACAUUUUAUAAGUUAAGGCAUCAUCACAGUGGCGUGUGGAACAAUAUUAAGGCAAACAUUGCAUAUCGCCUUGUUGCGUACGCGUGUUUCGUCUGACAAGUUGACUGUUUGAUUUUGACAUUCGGAAUCCCAUCUUGCAUUCUUACAUGUACAUGCCUUUAUUUGAUAUUCAGUUUGAUUUGAUCUUGCUUGCUUCAUAUAUUCGUCUCGCUUUCGGACAUGCUGUAAUCUGAUAAACUACUUCAUCAUAUUGACUAGUGGUUACGUACAUCGUGUCUUCUUGGACCGUCAAUGGUGUAUACUUACUGAUGAAGAUAACAUCUAGCUUUCGGACAUGCUGUAAUCUGACAUACUACUUCAUCAUACUCAACUAUCGGUUACUUACAUCGUGCCUUCUUAGAGCGUCAAUGGUGUAUACUUCUUGGUGAAAACAACUUAGGCGGUUCCUUAACUAUGUGAUUGCAAGGAGCUGGGUUAUGAAUUAAUUUCAAUGAAUUGUCAAAUUCUUGUUCAGGUGGAGAUAACCCCUUUGUACGGAAACAUACGAACUGUACCGAGAGUAUUAAGACUACACGUCCGGUAACCAGACUAACACCAUAUAUUCCUAUUUGAAUCCAAGUGAAAUGAGUAUAUUUUUCCAGACUACCUUUAAUCGGAUAUAUAAAUAGCGCGCUAUAAAUAGCCUACAGAACAGAAUUAUGUCAACACCUGUGUACUAGUCCAAAUAAUUACACGUCCAUAUUCACAGUAUAUAAACGAACUGAACCCCAACCGGAUCUUGCGAGCGGAUUUCAGUAUCAACCAUUUUGCGUCGUGACAGUUGAGUAAAACAUUCGUGUUCGUGACGAUACUGUUGAAUGAUAAGUAAGUCAAUCUGUAUGUAUGUUGUAGCCAACAAACUUUAUUGUUGACCUAUGGUACGCAACAUUAUCAUUUUUAGCAUUAAAACAAUAAAAUUCAUGAAACUCUCCGCAGGCUAGAACGAGAUUAGCAGUACACACGAAAGAAAACUAGGUUUUACCAAGUUUAGAUUGGUUGUACACGGAGUUUCGAGUUUGUACUGCUGCAAUUAAUUAAUAACAAAAUGUAUUAUGGUUAUUUGUUAUAUGAACGAUUGAUUUUGAACAUAAAAACAAGAAUUAAAGCCAGGGUGUAAAAAAGGCUUACUGUACGUUUCUUGCCGGUGAUUCUGAACCUCACUUGCGAGUUUACGCGAUCUGUCUGUACCAUGUCUUGGGAGUAUUUUCAAAGAUUUUGUACGUUUCUUUCUAAUAAAAGACUUAAUCCAGUGGAAUUUUCCUACCGUUUUUCAUGUAGUUCAUAAUCACAGAAUAUAUUUUACAAUGUAAGAGUACUAUCAUGCAGUAACGGCAACUGUUAAUUAGUUUAAGAUUUACGAUACGAACCUCCAAAAGUUACCAAACAUACUACAUUACCCUGCACAAUAAUGCAUCAGACUGGCAUGAAGCUCCGCCCCGUCUAGGCAAUAAAAACGCACUAUUGUAUAAUAUCAGCCAUUCGAUCUACAGUUUAUAGGCCGAAAACUAGGGAUAACUCUGUGGGGCUAAAACGGUCCAUUGGCCUUGCAGAUAAGUGUAAAGUUGCGUGGGCAGUGUUGCAUAUUUCAACACUGCCCAUGAACAAACUCAAUAAAACCGAGUCUGCUAUUUUCUGUUCUUUGUUUGAUAUCUUUGCUUUCGAAAGAUCUACAUUUAUUUUGAAUUCAGCCUGUAGUAGUACUGAAAACCUCGGAUAAAUAUUUCAUAACUGCAAAAAGGGGUGGGGGAUAAUUAUAGGUUAUUAGCUUUGUAUCGGGAAAUAUGCACGAGUUCUUCAGCGGAAAUAUUGCGCGAUAUAAAUAUAAAUAUUUUUCAGCUGAAGAACGAGUGCAUAUUUCCCGAUGCAAAGAUAAUAAUCUUUUUAUUACAUACACAUCCAUAUGUAUAGAUAUAAUGUAUAUCAUAAAUUUGUUCAAUAGCCCGAAUAGGAUUGACAAUACUGAACUAAAUAGAAAAAAAUAGUGCAACAACAAACGCUGAAUUACGUCACGCACCCGAUGUGAAAUUCAGGCGUCAGUGUAUGGAAAAAUAUUGACGUUUCCGGUACCAGGGUAACUUAACUGGGAAUAGAAACGUGUAUGUAAUAAUUCAUUAAAUAUGUCUGACACUGUGACAGUUAUGUGUCUUGGUGAUAUGACACUGCCCUUCGAUCGUUUCAACGAAUUACCUUCAGCAGUACUAAAUACAUGAAGUGGCACGCAAAACUUAAACCAGCAUAUCUAUCUAGAAAGGGGAUCAGUCAAUCAAAUGCUGGCCAAAGUUAUGGGCCUUGAUGGCAAGAUACUGCUGACCCGAAGACAUGAGCGAAGUUUCAACUAAAUACCUUCAGUUUUCUUGGAGAUAUAAAGUUUCAUGCAAAACAUUAAGCAAAGCAUUACGCCGACGUCAACAUCAACGACGAUGCAUGAACACGUGAGUAGAAUAGCUCAAAAUAUUCGUUGAAUCGUCGAGCUAAAAUACAAAAGAACAAUGGUUGCAAAUGCAGAGGAGACAUGUUACUAGUAGUUAUUAUAUCAUAUCAAGGUAUAAUUUCUCUUUCCAUAAUCAAUUACCAGAUUCAUGUAAACAUUUUCGUUUCCAGGUAGGGAUGCGUUUAGGCAAUAACCAGUCAUUCUGUGUGCAGCUAAAUGCUUAACAUUGUUUAUGGUACAUAUAGUACCAGACAAUAACUUUAGAUGCGCCAUAUAAUUGUUGUAGACACAGUAAUUUCACAUUCGGAACGAUAAAAGACAAAAAGUGAAUACAAAGGCAAUGGAAAAACCCCUACCUGACUCGCAAGAUAUGGUUCAGUGAACUCACAAGUGAGGUACAGAUCAUUAGAUUGAUACUUGCAAGACGGGUUCAGUAUUCUAACAAUCGCCUUGUUUACUUUCCAUAAUUUUCUACAUAACGAACAUGUCCUGGUAGGUUUAUGUCGCCGGUUUAGUGAAGGAAAUACAUUUAAACAACACCUCAAACACGAGUACUGGUACAGAUAAACGAUUUUAUGCAUAAAAUUUCUUGUAUAAUCGGCGAGUGUUGAAAUAAACGGAACACGUUGAGAAGAGUACAGCAUUUUAUCGGCAAUUAUAGGACGAUCAAGCUGGUAAAGAAUGUUUUCAUCCGGAAAGAUAAAGUAUUUCUUGAUAUGAUACAAUCGAUUACAUACCGCCUCAGCAUCAUUGCAACAAGUUGUUCAUAAUUAUUUAGAUAGUCCCACAUAUUUUCAUCAAUCGGAUCGUGAAAUCUGCUCGCAAGAUCCGGUUGGGGUUCAGUUCGUUUAUAUACUGUGAUAUUGUUUUAUAUUUGUGACUGGCAAUUGCCCAUAUGAAAAAAAUAUCACAAUAUUUCCUAGGAUCGCUUCAAAUUAGUUGGACGUUACUUAUUCAAAGGAGACAUGAUAUUGAACAUUUUGAGAAAUGUGAGUACACUUUUAGUAGUUAUAAUUCAAUUAAUAUCAAAUGUAAAAAAACGUUAUUGACCUCACCCAACCUAUUGUCAUAUGGGGCUGAUUAAACACAAUUAUUCAUUCCAUUUUCUAGAGAGUUUACGCAGGGGAGGUUUGGGAGAGGCGGAGUGGCAGGCCCGAUCCAGUGCUAGAUAACCCGGGCCCCACCUCCUUCCCUCUCCCAUCUCCUUCCUCCACUCGGCUGAAAAGUUUCAAAGGAAAUUCCGAAAUAGAUUUUCGCAAACUAUUGUAAGUGUAUGUUUGUUUGCAACGCCAUUUUUCAGAAGUAUUUCAGUUAAGUAACAGCGGACAAUUAACCUAACCAGUGAUCCUGGAUUCUGUACCAGUACAAACCUGUUCUCCACAAGUAACUGCCAACUUCCCCACAUGAAUCAGAAAUGGGGGACAAAUGAUAUCAGACACGUCAUUUAUCAAACCGUCACGGAGAACAUACGCCCCGCCCGGGGAUCGAACUCACAAACCCAAGAUCAGUAGAUUUGUGCUAUGUAGGACCACAUUCGUAACAGAUCGCAUUUGUAACAGAUUUCAUACGUAUGCGAUCGUAUUCGUAACAGGUAAAAUAUGUUACGAAUGUGUUUGUCCAACAUGGGGGUUGACAUGAGAAACACAUAUGUAUCAUGUUGAGUUUUAUAAUACAAAUGUUCAAUGAGUUGGUUGUCAUCGCAACAUCAUUAAAUGACUGCCAAAAGGACCAUCACAAGUUAACGUCGUCGUCGUCGUCGACGUCAAUGACGUCAUUAAAUUAUUUGAGCCGCAUUAUGGGAAAAUAGGCCUUUGGUAUCUUCGAGGUUCUGCAACCAGUGUGGACCCAGAUCAGCCUGAGCAUCCGCACAGUCUGAUCAUGGCCUACACUGUUCGCUGUUAUUUCAAAGAAGGCUUAAUCUACCAGAAUAUGAAAUUUUUUACCCUAAUUCAGAUGCACAAUUGCACAGGGCAGUCUAAAUAUAGACUUUCCGGAAAUUCACGAAAAUAUCCGAAUGUUAGUUUUCCCGUGACUUGGCUCAAUUUUUCAAUCAUUCCUGCAUCCACUGCCACUACCACUUUAAUACGUUUACAACUUCAGCUACUUCUACUGUUACCUCGACUUGCUGCAAUGUAGACCCACAUGCCCAGUUCACUGAUUCGAACCCGGUGGCGACAUACAUUUGUAGCUAUCUUUUGUCAUCCAGAGCUGUUUCAAGUUGGUUGACAAACAGGAAGUUGCUUUGUCACGGGACAAAUUAUAUACUACUUGUCAUGGACGGAGUCGUUAGCCUUAAUUCUAGGAAGGCCCGACCUUCUGCUGCGAACUAAUGUCUAUGAGAUUUAAAGAAAAUACACCAUAUUUACUGAGCCCGCCUGUGAGGUAAUAGGCAUUCUUCUAUUAUAAUCCCGUCGUGAAAUAGUGGAGUCUGUGCGUUCGUGCAGUUAUAUGUAUUGGUUCUUGUCCUUGGCAAAACUUGCCCAUGCAUAGUCAGAUUUUCAAAUUAUUUGGUACAAAUGAUCAGCAUGAAUAGAAGGUGUAUUGCGAUCAUGAUCCUUGUUGCUAUAUCCAAGAUCAAGGUCACAGCUUUGAUUUGUUUUGUUAUUUUGUUGUAAUAUAUAUGUUUGUGCCCGGAUCAUAACUCGCUUUAGUCAGAUUUGCAAAUACUUUGGUACAAAUAACCACAAUUUAUUGACAAUCUGUAGUGAUCAUAUCACACAUAUUACUGCCAACGUCUCGAAUUUUCUCACCCUGUAGAAUGGUUUUGAUGAAUAUUAUGUUUUUUGUUGGAUUCUGAGCGCAUAUUUUCAACGGUAUUUAGGUAAUACAGUUUAAUAUGAUGAUGAUGAUGAUGAUGAUAAUGAUGAUAAAAAUGUCAAUAAUAUUAAAAUCAGUAUAGCAGCCAGUAUCUGUAUGUUAGUAACCGACAAUUUCCCAACUUGAAAAGCACCUAGUGGCGAAAAUCGCAAUAGAUUUUUUUCACCCGGUCUCGAACCGUGUGUCCCUCGACACCCUUGACGAUGGUUAGUUCUUCCCAUUAAUUAAUUUCAUUUGAAAUUACACCCUGGCUAAUAUGCGAGUAUACACUCAUACGUUCGUUUACGGGUCUGGUAAAACGCACCGAUACACGUAAGGUCUUAACUGGGUGGAUGGGAGACACAAUAUAUCUGGAAAUUCCGGCUCUGACUAGGAAUUAAACCAGCUCCGCCGGUUUCGUAAUCAGCAAAAUUAUCUACUGCACCACCCUCACCGAUGGAGUUACUCUUGCCGCUCCUAUAGAGGUUCAAAAUCUACGGUAUUCCGUUUGGACAAUCGUGACGUUUUAUUUAUUACUAAACCGCGAUGCACGAUGGUACGAUGACGAAAACACGAUGGAGCGAUGGUAAGAUGAUGAAACAACGAUGGUACGAUGGUGGAAACUUGAUGACACGAUGAUGAAAUCAUGAUGGUGCGUUGGUACGAUGGUUAAAUGUCGAUGUAAUAUCGCGUUUUCAUCAUCGUACCAUCGCGUUUUCUACAUUGUACCAUCGCGUUAUCACCCUCGUACCAUCGCAUUUUCACCAUCGUACCAUCGCCUUCCGGUGGUCAUGCGCAGUGGUACAGUAUAUGUGUCAGUAAAAUACAGGCUUGAUACAAUCUCAUUUUCACUUUGCACUAUGUACCUUCUACAUCCUAACAAGAAUAAGCUGAGUUUAAAUAAUACCAUGUGACUAUUACUCCCAGCUUUUUAUUUACUUUCAUGCAUACAUAAAAUACAAAGGACGUGGCCUUGUAAAUUUUACAGUUUUAAUGAAGUGAGCACUGAACAUUUAGUAAAACAUUUUGCAAAACAGCAGAAUCUAAAUGGUAAAUUUCGUCUAACAAAAUACAUUAAGAUACAUUCAUCUAUUGUUGACAAAAAUAACAAGUGUACGCGACUGCGCAUUUCUAACCGGAAGGCGAUGGUACAAUGGUGAAAAAGCGAUGGUACGAUGGUGAAAACUCAAUGACACGAUUGUGAAACCACGAUGGUACGAUGAUUAUAACGCAUGGCACGAUGGUAAAAACGUGAUGGUACGAUGGUGAACGCGAUGAUACGAUGGUGAAAACGCGAUUGUACGAUGGUGAAACAACGAUGGUAGGAUGAUGAUAACCCGAUCGCACGAUUGUGAAAAUGCGAUGGUACGAUGGUGAAAUCGCGAUGGCACGAUGGUACGAUGACGAAAACACGAUGGAGCGAUGGCAAGAUGAUGAAACAACGAUGGUACGAUGGUGAAACUUGAUGACACGAUGAUAAAAGCAUGAUGGUGCGAUGGUACGAUGGUGAAAUGUCGAUGUAAUAUCGCGUUUUCAUCAUCGUACCAUCGCGUUUUCUACAUUGUACCAUCGCGUUAUCACCCUCGUACCAUCGUAUUUUCACCAUCGUACCAUCGCCUUCCGGUGGUCAUGCGCAGUGGUACAGUAUGUGUCAGUAAAAUACAGGCUUGAUACAAUCUCAUUUUCACAUUGCACUAUAUACCUUCUACAUCCUAACAAACUACGAUGAUGAAAACGCGAUGACACGAUGGUGCGAUGAUGAAAACGCGAUAGUACGAUGAUGAAAACACGAUAUUACAUCGACAUUUCACUAUCGUAACAUCGCAAUUUCAUCAUCGUGCAUUGCGGUUUAGUAUUAAAUAAAAUGUCACCGUAAAAAUCAGAGUAUUUCCAUACGAAUACAGGCACCGAAUGCAGGUCAUACGUUCGUUCACGACUGUGAGAAUUUUUAUUAAAAUCUACACUGUGGAAAAUUUUCUAUUCGCGAAAAUGUUUUGAAAGUUGCUAUACUGAGUAUUCCCAUAGACUACCAUUGUAAAAAAGUGCGUGAGGUCCAUUUUCUUCUAAUCAGUCUAGUCAAAAGGUCACGACCCUUUCCUUUUUAUUUGCUGAAUUUUCUAGAAACAUUCUGAAGUUUUGAAAAAUCUGAGUUUAAUCAAAUCCUACAUUGUAGAAAAAAUUUCCAUCCAAACGUGCAGAACUACCUUAAAUGGGACAUAUUUCAUAUGAUGUAUCCAUUGUCGUGAGUAUAAGUCUUUUUUUAAAGCAGUUCGAAUUGACAGAGAUAAACAAAACGAAAACGAAAAACGUAUCCUGCAGCAAACCCGCGGACGCCAACGGCAUCAGGAUAAGAACAAUAGCCAUGAGCAGUCUUCGAAUAGUCAAGCUAGUCACUAUUUUUAAGUAUAGAUAAAUGUAUUUAUUACAUACCUAAAAUUAUUAUCCAUUUGGUUUCAAUGGACCUCUAUCGUGCAAUAUUUUUCCAUAUCAUGACGUGGAACGCUUUCAUAUCGGACGUGGAAUGUUUUAUUAACGUUGUAAUGGAAAGAAUCGCGUGACGUCCAUGGCGUCCACGCGCACAUUGCGACAACAAGUUGACGUCAUUUUUGCGGAAAAUAUUAAUGCGCGUCAGUUUGAUUUCUUUAUUGCAUUUUCGGAGAAGUUCUUUUCGUGUUUUUCCUAUCUUUCGUUACAGAACAAUAAUUUAGAUAUAAAGUAAUCAUUUGAUAGUGGAUGUGUAAUAAAAAGGUUAUCAACUUUGUAUGUGGAUAUACGCACUCGUUCGUUCGCGGAUAAUAUUGCGCUCCUAAAGUCGCGCGAUAUUACCGCUGCAGAACUCGUGCAUAUAUCCACAUACAAAGUUAAUAACCUAUAAAUAUACCCAGUGUAGUGUUCAACUUUUAAUACAGGACUUUCUAUGUUUGUUGAGACUGUCUUGAUCUUGAUUUUAGUGCACUUUAUUUAUUGUUGAAGCGAUACAACCAGCGAAUUGCCGAUUAUAAAAGUUGAACAGGGAUUGCAUGUGGUGUGCAUCUUCCUCUUUAAUCAUACAUAUUCAUAUACAUGUAUCCAUGCAUUUAGUAAAAAAUGAAAUCUUACAAACCAAAACCGAUAUGGGAACUUUAUAAGUGACAUGUACAUUAAGUGCCAUGCUACUAUGAACAAACCAAUCAUGAUAACCGUUCGGUAUUCUUGCCAAGUUUAAUUGUCAGAUAACAAACAAGUACCAAGAUAUUAACCUAACCAGAAAUAUCCUUCUAAUUAACAAGAGGGCCGUCAUGGCCGACUAUCGCUAACAUGAGUAAUACUACGCUUUACAUGUUAUUAGAUGUGCGAUUUUUGCCAUUUUAGGGGUCAUAACUUUAAGACAAAUAGCCUGCUAUGGCUACUCUUCGAGAAAAAAUAUAAGGUCUUCAUGAUAUAUAAUUUCUAUGCAAGUUUGGUCAAAAUCAAAUUAUAAAUGUGAUAUCUGUCAUGUUUACAAUGCUAAAAUCAGCAAGUUUUGUCAUUUAAGAGGUAAUAACUCCAUCACAAAUGUUGCUAUAUAGCUGGUUUCGUAAGGAACCGAGAUGUUAUAGAUAUAUAACUUCUAUACAAGUUUGGUCAAAAUGAAAUAUAUUAUAUGGCCUCUAUCGUGUUCACAAGACUAAAAUAAGCAAAGUUUUGCCAUUUCAGCCAUAACCCCGAGAUAAAUGGCGCGAUACGGCUGUUUAAAAAGGAAGUGAGAUCCUAUAUAAGUUUAAUAAAAAUCAAAUAAUAAAUGUAGUCUCCAUUUUGUUGACAAGGAUAAAAUCAUCAUUUUUGCCAAUUCAGGGGCCGUAACUCCAAGUCAAAUGGUGCAAUACGGUUGUUUUUGAAAGGAACCGAGAUCUUAUAGAUAAAUAAGUUGUAAGCGAGUCGAGUCAAAAUAACAAAAACAUGUGGUCUUAAUCGGGUUCACAAGGCUAAAAUCAGUAAUUAUUGCCAUAUCUGGAUCAUAGAUCUAUAUCAAGUUCUGUGCAAGUUUUGUCAAAAUCAAAUAAUAAAUGCUAUCUCUGUCAUAUUCACAAGAAAAAUGUGAAAGGACGGACGGACGGACGACGUACAACGGCUGAUCACAAUGGCUAACUUUGUCACUUCGUACAAGUGAGUUAAAACAUGUUACAAAUGUGUUUCGGAUGUAAAAAUGCACUUUUUUGUUCAUUUUUCCGAUUGAAAAUGACAUGUGACAAAUGUAAUCAGAUGUCACAUCAAAAAUCGACAUCGAUCACAUUCGUCACAAAAAUUGUUACAAAAUUUAAUGUGCUUGAUUUCUGUUACUGUAGGACAUUUUCUAAUCUGAAACCUGCCAUGAAUAUCUGUCAAAUUUUCUUUGUGCCUUUGAAUUUUUGGUGUUUUGCAGUACCUGAUAUGUAUUUUACAGGAUUUUUUUCUCCAGAGCACUGUGAUCAGCAUUUGUCUCACGUGAAUUGUGGAGACAUUUGGAUAAUGUACCUGAAAGUUCAUCACAAUUUGCUGGUGUUUUGAUAUCUAUAAGAGCAGACGGCAACAGAAUUGGAGGUUACCCAAAUCUAAAGAUGUUGAGGAGUACAAGAAACAACACAAAAACUCUAUGAAAAACAAAUGAAAUUAAACAACGUGAAAUUAUAUUGAAUCAUGGCACUAGCUUCCAGAUCGUUCGACAAAAAAAAAAAAAAAAGAUUUGUUUAGCUCACCAGAGCAAAAAGUGCUCAAGGUGAGGUAUUGUGACCGGUCAUUGUCCGGCGUCCGUAGGCGUGCGUCGAGCGUCAACAUUUGCUUUGUGAACACUCUAGAGCCCACAUUUGUGACCCAAUCUUUAUGAAACUUGGCCAGAAUGUUAGUCUUGAUGAUCUCAAGGUCAAGUUGAAAACUGGGUUAUGCGGGAUAAACAACUAGGUCAGCAGAUCAGAUCAAAGGAAAAGCUUGUGAACACUCUAGAGACCACAUUUUUGACCCAAUCUUUAUGAAAAUUAGUCAGAAUGUUAGUCUUGAUGAUCUCUAGGUCAAAAUUAAAACUGGGUUAUAUUGGGUCAAAAACUAGGUCAGUAGGUCAGAUCAAAGGAAAAGUUUGUGAACACUCUAGAGACCACAUUUUUGACCCAAUCUUUAUGAAACUUAGUCAGAAUAUUAGUCUUUAUGAUCUCUAGAUCAAGUUUAAAACUGGGUAUGUGGGCUCAAAAACUAGGUCUGUAGGUCAGAUCAAAGGCAAAGCUUGUGAACACUCUAGAGACCACAUGUUUGACCCAAUCUUUAUGAAACUUGGUCAGAAUAUUUGUCUUAAUGAUAUCUAGGUUAAGUUCGAAACUGAGUUAUUUUGGGUCAAACACUUGAUCAGUAGGUCUUAUCAAAGGAAAACCUUGUGAACACUCUAGAGACCACAUUUGUGACCCACUCUUUAUGAAACUUGAUCAGAAUGCAAGUCUUGAUGAUUUCUAGGUCAAGUUAGAAACUGGGUCAUAAGGGAACAAAACUAGGUCAGUAAAUCAGAUCAAAGGAGUAGCUUGUGAACACUCUAGAGACAACAUUUGUGUCCCAAUCUUUUUGAAACUUGGUCAGAAUGUUAGUCUUAAUGAUCUCUAGGUCAGGUUUGAAUCUGGGUUAUGUUGGUCAAAAUCUAGGUCAGUACGUCAGAUCAAUGGAAAACCUUGUGAACUCUCUAGAGACCACAUUUGUGACCAAACUUUUUGAAACUUGGUCAAAAUGUUAGUCUUGAUGAUCUCUAGGUCAAGUUCGAAACUGGGUCAUGUUGGAUCAAAAACUAGGUCACCUGGUCAAAUUAAAUAAAAAGCUUGUGAACACUCUAAAGGCCACAGUUGUGUCCCAAUAUUUAUGAAACUUAGUCAGAAAAUUAAGCUUGAUGAUUACUAGGUCAAGUUUGAAUCUUGGUAAUGUGGGGUCAAAAACUAGGUCACCUGGUCAAAUCAGAGGAAAAGCUUGUGAACACUUUAGAGGCCACAGUUGUGUGUGUGUGUAUCCGGGUUUUACGUCUUUUUCAACAAUGUUUCAGUCAUAUAAACGACGGUGUCUACUUGUAGCAGUGAACACAAUGCCCAACUUUAUAAUGCUGCCACACUCACUGGAAUAUCACGUAGUAGACACGUGUCAUGAUACCCCACCCAGUCACAUUAGACUGACACCGGGCUGACCAGUCUUAGCACUAUCCUCUUAAUGCUGAGCGCCAAGCGAGGAAGCUACUAGUACCAUUUUUUACAUCUUUGGUAUGACGCGGCCGGGGACUGAACCCACAACCUCCCGCACUCAAAGAGGACGCUCUACCACUAGGCUACCGAGGCGGUAGCUCAAUCUUUAGGAAACUGGGUCGAAUGUUUGUCUUAAUCAUUUCAAGGUCAAGUUCGAAUCUGGGUCAAGUGGGGUCAAAAACUAGGUCACCCGGUCAAAUCAAAGAAAAAGAUUGUGAAAUCUCUAGAGGUCACAGUUGUAACCAAUUCUUAAUGAAAUUUAAUCAGAAUGUUUGUGACGAUCUUUAGGUCAAGUUCAACUCUUAGUCAUGUUUGGUCAAAAACUAGGUCAGUAGGCCAGAUCAGCUCUGGUGAGCGAUAUAUAGGGCCACCAUGGCCCUCUUGUUUUUGCUAGAUAUCUGGAAAUUAAUGUUAUAUUUCUGAGGAAUGCUUUGAAACUUAAUUCUGACAGACUAUAAUGAAAACAUAUGAGAAAUAGUUGUUUUUACUAAUUUUACGAUGAAAAUCGAAAAGCAUUUCUUACGCUUUUCUCGAGGUAAACUGCAUGGAUUUAACGCGCAUUAAACACAAAAUCUUCCAUAGCGAUAUUGGUAGCAACACCGAAAACCUUAUUUAUUUGCUGCGGCGGUCCGGGUUCGGUGAAAGAAAAGUAUUUUGGAGGUCAGUGCCUUCAAUUUUAUAAAAGACAAUUUAACACACAUUUCUGUCGGGAUCUAACUUUAUGUGGUAUACCUUUUUAUCUCGGACAAAGUAUAUGAUACGCAAAAAAGGUUCUGCAAGUGUUGCUUAAAUGAGCAUGCAUAUCUUUUUAAACAGUCUGCAAAUAAAAGACAGAUUUUAAGAAGUUAUUCAUUUAUAUCAUACUAUAUAAUAAUAGAUUUAUGCUAUUUCAUUUUUAAACAGAAUUUAUAUGUGUUUUCUUUUAUUUGUUAACUAUCUGUUUGUGUUGACAUAAUGAACAAUUAUGAAUAUAAAGAUGACUGCAACUUUCUGGUAUUUCCUUAAC